AUGAAUUCAGAUACUGAUUAUCUAAAACCCGGAUUCAAUUUUAAAAAGUUGAGAGUACCUGACUUAAGAAGAAUAUUAACAGAAAAUCAUGUUACUUAUUUAUCUAGCUCUAAGAAGAGUGACUUAUUAAAGCUUUUUAAAGAGAAUAUAGAACCUCGUCUUCCAGAACUAAGGGAGAUCCAUUUACAUGCCCAACCAAGUAGUGAAGGGAUCAUUGAUACCAAUCAUACCAGUGGUAGAAAUACAUCUACGUCCCAAAGUCCAGAUAUUCGUUCAUCAAAACACGGCCUAGUAUGGCAAGCUGAUUCAGAUUCCAACUUGAACUCAGAUUCUUCGGACUCAGAUUCAGAUUCAUUGACAUCAUUUGCAAGCCAAAUUAAAAGUAAAGGUUCAAUAACCCCUAAACCAAAGAAAAGGAAAAUUGGUAUUCCAAAUGAUGGAACCCCAAUUGUCAAUAAAGUAUCGAAAAAGAGUCCAUCCAAAUCUCCUAAUAAGUCUACUUCAAUAAAUAAUUUCGAUCUGUCAUCGGGUUCUGAUUCUGAAACUAUUGAAGGUCUUUCAAUAAAUAGAAGUCAUCCUCAUAUUAGCCCUAAUAAAGGAAUUGAAGGGUUUUUCCAUCAGGAGAACAAAAAUGCCGGCUCAAAUGAUGAAGAUCCCAAUAAACUGAAAGAAGCAGCAGCUCACGUGAAACCAUUAGCGAAACUAAUCAAGAAUAACGAGAAGAAGAAGAACAUAGUACGUACAUAUUCUAGUUUUUCUUCUGACGAUUCAGAUAUUGAAUUAGAGUACCAAAAGGCAAAGAGGUUGGUUUCAGGUUCUAACGAUAAUACGAAUGAUGAAUCGUCAUCAUUCCAGAAGGAAAAAGAUACUUCUAAUAGAGCAAGUACCCCUACAAUGGAUCAACAGAUUAUUGAAAUAUUGGAAUCCGAUGAAGAAGAAGAAGAAGAUGUUGGUUCGAAUAAUACAGAAAAAUCUUUAGAAACUGAAAGUCCAAAUAUUCAACCGAUAGAAUCUCCACCUAAAAAACAAACAGUGAACACCACAAGAAGUAUACUACCCAAGCAAGAACCAUCGUCUGAAAAUGCAACUCCCAUCAAACAAAAAGAAAUCGGAAGUGAAGAAAAUGAUGCUGAUGUUAAUGAUAAUACAAAUAUUUCGUCUAGUGAGGAAGAGUCAUCGUCUAAAAGUGUAACUCAAAGAAUUACAACUCCAGAAUUACCAACUGCAGAAGAUGUUCAGGAAAGCGAAGAUCGUGUAGAAGAAUUGGAUAAAAUAUUAAAUGAAGAGAAAACAGACACAAACAAUGAUUUCAAUAAAACCACCAAUCAAGAGCUUAUUAAAGAGCAAGUAAGUCCUACGUCGAAAGUUAAAGAAACACAAAUGGUGUCGUCGCUUGGAGAAAAAAACACUUCCACGCCAUCUUCUUCUAAAGGGGAGCCAGCUACACAACGGUUCCCAUCACAUACAAAGAACCAUGGUUCUCCUCGUAUUAAAACUCCUAGUAAAGAUGUUAUCAAACGCUCUCCAAUAUUCAAAGCUUAUAAACUCGCUUCUCCAAAGAUUUCAAAGAAAGCCCCAUUUUCUGAUAAACCGCACAUUUCGAACCAACAAAAUAGCAUAGUAAAACCAAUAAAGCGUGAUGCGCUUCCUAAAGUAGAUAUCACACAACCUAUAGUAUCAUUAGCUGAUACCAGUACAACUACUAAAGAAACCUCUAGUCAAAAACAUCCCUUAUCACAAGAUGAACUAGAAGAAUUAUCUGAAAUGUUAUCAUCUACUGAUGGUGAAUUGGAAAAAGAUUUAGAACCUGAAGAUAAUGACAUAAAUAUGGAAGAAACCGAAAGAAGUACCCAAUCUGAAAAUGAGACUGUCUCGUCAUCCCCUCUAGAAACUGAAAAGGUAGCUAUCACAAAGAAUGGGAAGAGAGCGCUAGAAUCUGACGAUGUAGAAGAAAUAAAGCAAGUUCCAAAAAAGAAAAGAAGAGUCAUUGUAGGCAUUAAGAAAAUUUUAAAAACGUUAUGCAGUCUCUUAAAGAAAAUCAUUCUUUUACUCCUAUUGAUUAUACCUGUAAUAAUUGCAUUAUGGUAUAGAGAACAAAGAAUUAUGGUAGGUUAUUGUGGUACUGAAGUAGAUAAUAGGCCCAGUUUAAUUAUGAGGAACGUUGAUUAUCCAUAUGCAUACGAAAUUGACUCCGCUUUACAAACAUACCUGAAACCAGAAUGUUUGCCCUGUCCUGAAAACGCCAUUUGUUAUUCAAAUAUGGAAAUGAAGUGUAGACCCAAAUAUAGAUUAGUUGAAUCGAGAUGGAAUUUAUUUGGAUUACUACCCGUUAGUGCAUCUUGUCAAAGGGAUGAUCAAAGAGAUCAAUUGGUUUCUGAAGUGGUUAAAAAAAGUUUGGAGUUUUUAAGAACAAAGAACGCCCAAAUAGAAUGUGGUAGAAGUACUGAUGAUAUCGGAAGUGGAUUAUCCGAAGAAGAAUUAUAUGAAAUAUUCAACGAAGCCCGUGUGCCUUGGAUUGAUGAUGACGAAUUUAAUGAUAUUUGGAAUCAAGUUAUUUCAAACUUAAAGGAAGAACCUGAAGUUAUUUGGAGGCAAGUGAGUACUAAUUUUUUUUUUAAUGCUUUUUCAAUAGAACGGCCUAAGAACAACAAUACUAACAUUUUUUAUUUAAAUUACAGAACGAUGACACGAAGUUUGCAAAGGAUACCGCCAAUGACUCAAGCACAGCCAAUGAUAAUAAAGGGAAGAAAAGAUAUCUUCACCAAAAUUCCCAAGAGCAAAAAAGAGAAGGGGACUUUUCGAUCGACAUCCACGAAGCACGUCAGCGUCAAGUGCAAAUUCCAAUGGGAAAUCUAUGAAACGUAUCGAAGAAAUAGAUACUUGAUAUGGACAGGUUUAUCGACAGCCACGCUAGCUAAGAUAGUUGAAAAAAAGUUGAAAAACUAUUUUGAAGAAAAGGCUAAAAUUGUAACGGUUACAAGAGACGUUUUGAAGAGAUUACAAAAAGUUAAGAAACAGGGAUCUAACCCUCCGUAUUUAAGUUCCAUCCAAUUGAGGGACAUCUUUUUGGCUGACGUAGUCGAUUUUAAAAGAAAGGCCUACCUUUGGAAGCACGUUGAAAAGAAUUUAGAGCAUAAUAACAGUAAUAUUAAAUCGACAUUGAUGGAGAUUCAUGGUGAUAUUAUGAAAUGUUGGGAAUGGAUUGGUCCAUUAGAUACAGAAGAUGAAGAGGAAGAACAUGAAAAUCUUGCUUAA